CGAAUUUUGGUGUUGAAGCAGUGGUUUCUUUCAAAUGAUCCGAAAAAGUCGUCCUCAGCUGCUCAUGGUCUUCAGGGUUGUCUUUGGAGUCUCCGAAACAUCGCCUCUCUUUAUUCGCGAAUCCCUACUUCUGCUCUGGUUAAGGGUCAACUUAAAUCUAUUGGUCGACCUCAUCCUACUGAAUAUCUGUCAGCCCCACUUGCUGGAUUGGAUGCCUUGGGAAACGCCAAUAAUUUUUACAGUUGGUCUAGAGAGAGUCUAGAAUUUUUCUGGUGGAGUGUUGUUCGCUUGGUUUGUCUCCAGUUAUCGUGUCGAAAUUAUCAAACUGGUAAAAGUGCUUCUUCCCAUGUAAUGGUCUGCACGGCGUCCCUGGAAUGCCUUCUUGAAGUCUUAUCUUCAACUCCAGCUGGAAGCAAUCCUACUGAACUUCCGACUGGUUUUCAGGCGACUCUUAGGGCAUUUUGCGGGGCGAAAGUAUUAACUUCAAAGUCUUCUUUUUUGCAUUUGGAUGGCAUUGACUCUUCCUUCGAAGCAUCUGAUGCUGAUGAUGAAAGUUCUCUAACCUUACAAUCUCUAAAUCUUCCUUCCUCGAAAGCCGUUGAAAGCGGAUCUGAAAUUGUUUCUCUUGUUAAACGAAACCUACUACCAAGCAGCUUCAACAAUACAAAUCAAAUAGAUAACAAAUGCGUUGCAUUAGGCAAUCCUUCUGGACCAUCCACUGAGACCUCAGGUGAGACGGAUUCAGAAGAUGAAAGUGCAGUAUUUGCUACCUUAUCGAUGCAUGGCUGUUUGGGUCUUUUUGCUGAGAGAUUUGGGCUUAUUCCCGGCAUCAACGUGUCUGCGAGAGCUUCGGCGCAAUCUUUAGCUGUCGCGUGUCUAGCCAAGUUAACUUUGGCCCUACCGAGGGCGUUUUUGGAACCUCUUCGAGACGAAGAGGGAUCAAGAGAGUCUUGUACGGGGGUUGAAAUCGCUUUGCAUUUGAUUCGCCAUUCCGACCCUCAAGUUCGUGGUAAUGCCUGUCUCCUUAUUGGAAAUCUAUUACGAUCCACUGUUACCCACGCUCUUGUCGAUCCAUCUCUGGAAGUUAAUACCCAUCUACGAAAGGAAAUUUUUCGUCUAAUGAAUUGCUUAGAUGAUCUGCUGACUUCAGAAAAAUCCGGCAUAACCUUCCGAAUGGGUCUUAAAGCCAUACGCUACUGUGCUAACGCAGUGCUCCAUCUGCCCGCUCUUGUUCACAAAGUCACUAUGGAAACGCAACAGCCAGACGCUUCAAUUUGUCUUGUUGAAUGCCUUUCUUCUCAUCUGGUUGACUGUACCCGACAUCCCUACCGUUUAGUUCGGAGGGAGAUAAUGUUACUAAUCAGUGAUUUGGACUGGGACCAGUUCGAACACUUAGAAAGAGUUUGGUUUGGUAUACGCAGAAAGGGGAUAUCGAAACGCCUGGUUACAGCCACGCCAUUGUCCAAAAUUGCCUGGAAUGAAUGCGUUCGCUUGUUUGCUGAUGCUGAUCGUUCUCUUGGGAAGGCAGCCUUUAGGGCUCUUUUAGCUCUUGCUAGAAGAACGCCUUCAGUCGAUCUUAACACAACAGCAUUAAAUAAUGUCGACCUUGAAUCGAUUGAUGCUGUCGCUGCAAGUUUGUUCGAGCAUUCUGCCCUCACCGGUAAGCAGUCAUGUACAUGGUUUUGA